GAGAAAUGAAUCAGUUCAAUUCUACAAGUAAUCUACCAAACACAAGACACCGCUGCAAAUGUCACUAUCAAGUAAGAUGGUUUUACUCUAAGGGAGCGUUUCUUCUCCUGUUCAAUGUUACUUUGGCAAGCAUAGCAUGCUUCACAUUAUUAAGCAUACUUUCCAGCUAUAUAAAAGAACGCAACUUCCAGAAAUGGUGGAUUGGUAUUCCUGUUUGUUUGUUUGGCUUGCUGGCAAGUGUUAUAUCAGGGUGGGUAGCAGACGCAAGACUUGGAAACUACAAAGUACUUCGGAUUGGUUGGAUACUGUUAUUUCUCACAAAAAUGGCUUUCAGCGCAUUUUUUCUAGUCCCCACGAACUUACAAAAUUACUACGUAGCCUAUACUUUGUUCACUUUGGGGGGUAGCAUCUUUAUGGUGGGGUUGGUAGCCUCCAUUGUAACAUCACUACAGCUUGGUUUGGACCAAAUGCCAGAUGCCUCUUCCUCAAGCAUCACUGCAUUCAUUGCUUGGUACAUUUUCAGUAUUUUUGUUGGCGUGUGGCUCAGUUUUAUUGCCGUUUAUUGUUUCUCGAAGAGUUGCACAAGUGUGCUUCACAACACAAAUAGUACCCAGCUAUUGUUAAUUGUACCACCUUUAUGCAUGAGUAUCAUUCUUGUUUUGGAUUUCAUCUUAGCCAAGUCAUGGUUGAUUAUUGAGCCCAAUUCACCACAAGCUAUAAAAACCAUCUACCAAGUUCUCAAGUUUGCAGCCAAGCACAAAGCUCCCCUCAAUCGCAGUGCUCUCACAUACUGGGAGGAAGACGUACCUUCAAGAAUGGACCUGGGAAAGUCGAGAUACGGUGGUCCAUUCACUACAGAGCAAGUCGAAGAUGUGAAGACCAUCCUACGCCUGUUUACUCUCAGUAUUUCACUAUGGUUUGUCUGCUUCCCUCUUAUGCUCAAUAACUCACGAAUGAUUGCAAAGAUAAAUCCACUAGGUUCAACCUAUUGUAAUUCACUAUUAAUUGGCUUGGUAACCUACAACACUUGGUGGUACGGAAUGAUAUGUACCUUGAUUAACGAGUUUGUUAUCUACCCGGUAUUCAGAAACAAGUUUCCGAGUAUUCUAAAAAGAAUUGGCCUAGUGUCUUUUGUGAAUACCAUUCUCAACAUCGCUUUUCUCGUUAUACAUUUGAGCCUAACUCAAUACUCAAUGAACAAACAAAUGGUUGUCAUAAUAUUGUACUUAACUUCAAUAUCAAACGGUUUGCUACGAAUGAUACUCAUUUGCGCUAUGCUGGAGUUAGUUUGUGCUCAAGCUCCAUACAGAAUGAGAGGGCUUCUAACUGGCUACACGAAUGUACUCGUUUUAAUGUUUUAUAUUAUAGAGAUAAAUUUAGAAUUAGACUUAAAGUACUCGCUGGUCAUAUUCGGAGUGAAGACAGGCAUCAGUUUGUUUGGAUUCAUCUUGUACUGUCUCCUGGCUCGCUGGUACAAAAGGAGAGUUAGAGACGAGGACUACAAUGUACAAGCUGUUGUGGAGGAGGUCUAUGAUCGAUACUUGUCAGCUCAGCAUUGAACACUAUAUACUAUACGCUAGAUUGAUAACUAAUAGUGAUAUACAAUGUACAUUGAAGGUAUUCACUGUAGAAGGUUUUGUUUUAUGUAUUUGUUUUAUGUACAUUGCAAGUACUGUAGGAAAUUAAUUUUUCGGGCAAAUUAAUUUUCAGUUGACAUAGCUUCAGUACAUGUAUAGGUAACAAUUCGAGCAUUUGUA